AUGGCGUUCGUCACGCUACGAUCAGAGUUCCCUCUUCCUCCAGGUCCACCAGGUGAACCGAUACUGGGCCAUUUGAGAGUCGUUCCGACCGACAAUCCCGAAUAUGCGUAUGCGAAAUGGUCAGAAGAAUACGACUCAGAUGUCAUCUAUGUCAACAUUCUCGGACAGCCUGUCGUUGUGCUCAACAGCGUUCAGGCGGCGGUCGACUUGCUCGACAAACGAGGUUCAAAUUACUGCGAUCGUCCACGAUUUGUUCUCUUCGAGGUGAUGGGAUGGCGAGCGACGUUGACGUUCUUGAGAUGGGGUCCUCGUUUCAAGCUGCACAGAAGAGUAUUGCAGAGGGCGUUCAGUCUGACUAGCUGCGUUGCGUAUCGGGGCUUGCAGGAACGAGAGGCGAAGACUUUGCUUCGUGGGAUAUUGGCCAAUCCGCAGAAUUGGGAGUUGAUCUUGAGGAGGUUCGCAACGGCUGUUGUGCUAGGCAUUGGUUUCGGCGUGGACGUGAAAGCGGAAAACGACCCUUACAUCCAGAUCGCCACAGAUGCAUCAUAUGCCCUUGGCCAUGGAGGAGCACCGGCCGGGACACCUGUCGAUUUCUUCCCGAUUUUGAAGCACAUUCCCAACUUCCUCGCCCGCUCUCGGUCUCUCAAGUUCGCGCGAGAUUGGGAAUGGAGUAUACGAGCCAUCCACGAUGUGCCGUUCGCCGCUGUGCAGAAAGACAUCAGCAAGGGAUAUGCCAAUGCUCUUAAUCUCGAAGACAUCAAAGGGGCUGCUGGUGCAGUCUUUGCCGCCGGACAAGAUACCACGUGGUCGACCCUGGUAGUCUUCAUCUUGAAUAUGGUUCUCCACCCCGAGAUCCAGGAAAAGGCGCAGCGCCAAGUCGAUGAGAUUGUAGGUACGGAUAGAUUACCAACUCUCGAAGACCGGAAACACCUCCCAUACAUCGAAUACAUUGUCCAGGAAACCCUUCGAUGGGGCCCAGUUUCACCGAUUGGAGUCCCUCAUCGAUCUCUGGAGGACGACGUGUACAACGACAUGUUUAUACCAAAAGGGUCCUUCGUAUACGCAAACGCCCGAGCGAUGACCCAUGACAGGAGCACAUACUCUGAUCCAGAUACCUUCAACCCAGAUCGUUACAGUCCCAAAUCGGACGGCGGCGCCGGUGAACCGUUUCCUAUCGGUCAAUUUGGAUUCGGCCGAAGAGUGUGUGUGGGAAGACAUCUAGCAGAGGCUAGUGUCUGGAUCGUGGUGGCAACACUGCUGGCGACCAUGAGCAUCGGACAGGCUGUUGAUGCUGAAGGAAAGGAGAUCAUUCCUGAAGUCGAGCUGACGAAUGGAUUGACGUCCCAUCCCAAGAGCUUCAAGUGCUGCAUCGUGCCUAGGAGCGACCAUGCUAAAAGUCUCAUAGCUAGAGAAUAG